CUUUUCCGUCUUUCAGUCUUUGCUGAUACAUUAUUCACUUGUGUACAUCAAAAGAAAAGUAGGUUACGCCUCAACCAUGUCGCUUUCAGGGGAUAUAGGCACAAACGGGAGCGUUGAAAAAGACAGCAAACUAGCAGAGACAAAUCAAGGUGGCCUGACAGAAACAGAUGGGUUUAUCUACAGCAAUUCGUUCUCUAUGGACCCAGCGGAGGAGUAUAAGAUGGACCACAAGCGUCGCGGCACGGCGCUCAUUUUCAACCAGGAGACUUUUUACUGGCAGUUGGGGAUGCAUCCCCGCAGUGGGACCACUGCGGACCGCUACAACCUAGUCAAAAGAUUACAGGACUUGAACUUUGAUGUUCAGGCUUAUGAUGAUCUGAAGGUGGAAGAAGUUCUGGAUAAAAUCAGUGAUGCUGCGGAGGCCAACCAUUCAGAUGCCGACUGCUUCGUCUGUGUGUUUCUGAGCCAUGGAGAGAAUGACCACGUCUAUGCUUACAAUGGAAAGAUCUACAUCCAGGAAAUUGCUGCCUUGUUCAAAGGAGACAAGUGUAGGAGCCUUGUGGGCAAGCCUAAGAUCUUCAUCCUACAGGCAUGCCGUGGGGACAAGCACGACGACCCGGUGGUCCCCAUGGAUGUGGUGGACAGCGAGGUGAAGACCAACGAGGUGGUGGUGGACGCCGGCGUCGUCCAUACCCUCCCCGCUGGGGCCGACUUCCUCAUGUGCUACUCUGUGGCCGAAGGUUACUAUUCGCACCGCGAAACAAUCAAUGGAUCCUGGUACAUCCAGGAUCUGUGUGAGGCCUUCCGGAAGUUCGGAGAUUCUCUGGAGUUCACCGAGCUCCUAACGCUUGUCAACAGGAAGGUUUCCAUGAGAAGCGUUGGGAACUGUAAGGAUCGAAAUGCCAUCGGGAAGAAACAGGUCCCCUGCUUCGCCUCCAUGCUGACCAAGAAGCUUUACUUCCGACCCAAGAAGCAGUAGUGACUCCAUCCACUCAACAUCAAAUAUGUAAGCCCUGUUUUUUCCCCUGAAUCAUGUGAUUUCAAAAGGGUGGUCCUUGACUAUUAUUGUCUCUGAAUGCUUGCAAUUUUAUUUCUUUGUUUAACUUAAGUCUAUAUAUAGAUUUUUAAUGGCUUAUCAUGACAACCAGGCAAUGCACAAAUCAAGCUGUCUGUCCCUUUAAAAGUAGAUUGUACUGUGUUGAUUUUUUUAUGCAAUGUUAUUUUUAACACGCAUUCUGUUCUGGUAAACUUUAUUUAAAGCAUUUACCAAACUAGUGAAACCUGCUUGACUUCAGGGCUAUACAGGGCAUUGUCCCGUAGGUGCUGAAAACAAAAGGUGUUGAGUGUUAUGACAAUGGUUUUUCAAGUGAUAGUUUGAUCUAGGGUACAUGUGUGUGAAAUUCCGCUUACCCUGAGUUGUUCUUGAAGACUCAUGGAGUCAUUUCUCACAAGCCAUUUUUCACCUCAGUCCCAGCCUGGAAUUAGCAUUGUUAGCAUCGUCCAAAAGCACAAGUUGGAACUGUGCGAAGGGGAUUCUGUCAGUAAUACGAUUUACAACGCUAGUGCCUAUAGGCCUGUUCUGUUACACUACUGCUAUUUCUUAACAUCGACUAAGGUUCGCUGGGCUUGACCCAUGAAGAUAAUGGUGAAUUGUGUGAAGGCGGUUUGGUUCAGGGGUUUACUUUUUGCCUUGCCACCAACGGGUUGUUGGUUUAGUCCUCAAAUGUUGUGCUUUUGUCUGCGUUAUGAAGGAGGUAGUGUCUCUGGGGUUAACAUCCCCGCCUUAGGAGUUAAAUCCCCAGAAGAGGUUCCGAGUUCAGCCCAGAAAGGCAUCUUUAAGGUGGGGACAAAACCCCUGUUUCACUUUCUCACCUGGUGUCUACAGAACAGGCAACCACAACUGCCUGUCCUUUCAUUAUGUAGACAAUCACCUUUCUCCAGCUAAAUGUGGAUUUCUACAGGUUACAUCCAUAUGCUGUUGCCUCUUUACAUGGACUCUGCUUGAUCAGUCAUAAAGGGAAUGUCUCGAUCUGUAUUUCGACAUGCUUAGCUGUGUACAUUUGAAAUGUAGCAUUGCGUGUUUAUAUAUAUAUAUUUUUUAAAAGCAACGUUCGAACAACCACUCCAUUAAUUGGACCUCAGGGACUGAAGUGUGCAAUGUUUCGAAGACAUUAAGAGAACCUGUUGUCACAUGAUCUUUUGUACGACCCAGGAAGACCAAACCAAAGUCAGAGUUCAUUGGCCCCUUCGUAGUAGUGCCUUUGUCUAGCGACUUCAAAUAAAUUGUCUAAAAUUAAAGUAAAAACAUGAUCACUAAUUAACAUUAUCCUUUUAGGUCAAUCGACUGCCCUUUUUCCAACAAAUCCUUUAGUAGUUGUUCUUACACUGCAGGCAUAUUCAUUGGACAAGAGGUAGGCUUUAAGUGCUUUUUAUAUCAGACAAUGCCUAUCAACUGACAAUAGGCACUUGGAAAUGACUAGAUCCAUGGCAACGAAUGAGGUACUGCCAAUUUGUAUGCAAACCUGAUUGGUGGACACAUUUGUAUUCGAGAUGUAUUAUCAAAUAGGGGUGAAUGUAAGGAACCACUGCUUUGUAGGGAACUCUUUCUACUUCUGUUCAACCAGGGACCUUUUUUUGUUGCCGUUUACGUUAGAAAUACGGUGGCUACAUUCAGCAGGCAUUACGUACCAGUGACUACACUACAUUAUUGAAAUUAGUUUUAAGCGCAUGAUGAAACUCUACAAACCAACUCAUUACUUCAGUGUCAUUCUGGAUAAGGUCUCAGAGCAUCCAUGUUUGCAUUGUGCCAUUGUAAACAGAAUAUAAUUUGCAUGCGCACAUGGAUGUAAUUGGUUUGGAUUGUUUUUAACGCGCCUGGGGCGCAUUUUCAAUGCUUUGUAUUCUUUGCACGGGCCCCUGACGGUCCCAAGCAAUUUUCUCUGUAACAAAAAAUAUCAUUUAGGUUUUUUCCUAUUUUCAUGUGGAAAUAGAUCUUCCAACCACACAAUUCCAGUUGUGAAUUUGUAGAAAUGUUCAGGUAUUUGAUGACUUAAAUGAACUUUUGUAUUGAGGUGUAAUAAAAUAUUUAAAUGUU